AUGGCAUCUUCACAAUCACUAGACUCUGGCCUGACUGAGGACAGAUACGAAUCUGCAGUCGAAUCUUUGAGUGAGAGUCAAAGAUAUUCUGCGAAUUAUGAUGCCGAGGAUUCUGAAAUCCCAAAUCCCGCUGCACAACAAGAGGACACUGAGCAAGAGGAUACGGAACAUUCUGUCAAUGAUACAGCUUCGCAGCAAAACACUCUCCAUGAAGAAGGGACUAAUGAUAAUGAUUUCUAUGAAGCUGCACAGGACAGACAGAUAAACAGAGUUGCCACGAACUUGUCACGUUUCUCGAACAGAGUGUUACACCGCAGCCAAGAGGAAUCUACCGGUGCAGAGAAGAGCACAGAAGAGGAGGAAGGUUACGAUCCUCGUACCAUGGAUUGGGAUGGACCCGAUGAUCCUGAUAAUCCUUUCAACUGGCCAAAUUGGAAAAAAUGGGCUGUCACACUGACGAUCGCCUUUCUGUGUCUUGUAAUAACCCUUGGAUCCUCCAUCUAUGUGGAUGCUAUACCAGAAAUGAUGGCCAAGUGGGGAAUUUCGCAAACGCUGGGUCUCGCAGGCUUAACGUUUUAUUUGGUUGGUCUGGCCUUUGGUCCAGCAAUUGCUGCUCCAUUGUCCGAGGUGUUCGGUCGUAAGAUCAUUUACUGCUCGACUCUUCCUAUUAGUAUGCUUUUUAUCAUGGGUGUCGGUCUUUCAAAAAACAUUGGCCAGGUUUUAGUUCUCAGAUUCUUCGCAGGUUUCACUGCCUCGGCUGCUUUAGCAAUUGGUGGAGGUACUGUCACAGAUAUUUGGAAACCCCACGAGCUUGGUAUAGCCAUGACCCUGUUCUGUAUGGCUCCAUUGUGCGGCCCAGUGGUCGGUCCUAUAAUUGGUGGCUUCGUUGCGGAGAACAAAGUCUCCAAGAAUAUGAACAGGAUUGGUGGCCUCAGAUGGACAAUGUGGGUUGAUCUUUUUUUUGCUGCGGCAGUUUUCAUUCCUCUCUUUUUGGCUCCAGAAACUUAUAGACCUAUCAUCAUGACAAAGAGAAUCAAGAAGAGAAACCUCAAGCUGAAGAAGACCAUGCCUCUCGCUAAAUUCCUCGUGAUUUUGGUGUUCAUCACAUUGUUGAAACCAAUGGAAAUGCUGGUGGUGGAACCAAUUGUGUUGGUGUUCUCCACCUACACUGCUUUCAUUUUUGCUGUGCUUUUCGGCUUCUUCGAAGCUUUCCCAGUCAUUUUCAGAGGACAGUAUGGCAUGUCGCUUGGCAUUUCUGGUCUCCCAUUUUUAGGUGUUGGUCUUGGUAUCCUUAUUGGUGCUGCCACUUACGUUUACAUUGACAAGAGGAUCUUCUUCAGACGCUACCCAGAUGGUUACGUUGGCCUCAGAGACAAAAACGGCAACAAUUUGCCACCAUCCCCAGAGUCUAGACUUCUGCCAUGUAAACUGGGAGCAGUGGCAAUGCCACCAGCUUUGUUCUGGCUUGCAUGGACAGGAAGGCACUCCGUUCACUGGAUGGCUCCAAUUGCUGCCGGUGUGCCAUUUGGAUUUUCCCUGAUUUUGAUUUUCUUCUCUAUCCUGACCUACUUCAGCAUGUCAUACCCUCCACUUUCUGUCGCGUCGGCUUUGGCUGCCAACAAUCUCCUGAGAUAUAUUGUGUCAUCGGUUUUCCCACUUUUCACGGUCCAGAUGAUGGAAAACCUCCACAUUUAUUGGGGUGUCUCUGUUUUUGCAUUCAUUGCGCUUGCCCUGGCCCCAGUUCCAUGGUUGUUCACCAAGUGGGGUCCUUCUCUUAGAGAAAGAUCCAAAUAUGGAUUUGCUGCUGAGAAAAAAGAGAAACAAACAGCCGCCACCAAAAAAACGGAGGUUUAG